AUGUUACUAUCUAAAUUAUUCACCCGUUCUAUUUCAACUACUAAAUUGAAUCUUAUGAAAGACGUUAAAAAAGUUACCAUUAUUGGUUCUGGUUUAAUGGGAUCUGGAAUAGCCCAAGUUUCUGCUCAAGUUAAUAUGAAUGUAACUCUCGUUGAUAAAGAUGAAAAAGCACUAGAAAAAGCUAAAACAAUCAUUUCAAAGUCUAUUGAUCGUGUAGCAAAAAAAAAGUUUGGUGAUAAUAGCGAUGAGAAAAAUGCUUUUGUUAUGGGUACAUUAAAUAAUAUUAAAUAUACAACAGAUAUGAAAAAGGCUGUCACUGAUACUGAUCUUGUCAUUGAAGCUAUUGUUGAAAAUUUAAGUGUUAAACAAAAUUUAUUUAAGGAUAUUGAAGAAGUAGCUAAAAGUGAUACUAUUAUUACAACAAAUACUUCUUCAUUAUGUCUUUCUGAUAUAGGGGAAAAUUUGAAAAAUAAACAAAAUUUUGGUGGACUUCAUUUUUUUAAUCCAGUUCCAGUUAUGAAAUUAUUAGAAGUUGUAAGAACUCCACAAACUUCACAAGAAACAAUGGAUGCUUUACUUGAAUUUGGUAAAAAGAUUGGUAAAAGUACUGUUAAAUGUAAAGAUACUCCUGGAUUUAUUGUCAAUAGAUUACUUGUUCCAUAUAUGUUUCAAGCUAUUGAGAUGUAUGAACGUGGAGAUGCUUCUAAGGAAGAUAUUGAUAUUGCAAUGAAACUUGGUGCAGGAUAUCCAAUGGGUCCAUUUGAAUUAAUUGAUUAUGUUGGUUUGGACACAGCAAAAUUUAUUAUGGAUGGUUGGAUUAAAAAAUAUCCAAAUGAACCAUCAUUUAAAGCAUCUCCUUUACUAAACAAACUUGUUUCUGAAGGAAAUUUAGGAAGAAAAACUGGAAAAGGUUUUUAUACUUAUUAG